AGUUUUAUCAUUUAGUAGGAGUGCAUGUGUUGUGAUGUUUAUUUUUAAACUUUUAUUUUCGUUAUAUUGGUAGUCGCAUUUUAGGGUUUUGAUAUUAAUUAAUUUGUGUUAAGUUUUUAAUCUUAAAUUAAACAUGCAUUAAUGUUUACUAUUAGUUCUUUGUGGUUACUUUGUUGUUCUUUAAUUUCAACAUAAUGACGGUGGGAGUUUGGAGUCGACACGGCGCUGCGAGCCUGGCAGGCUGCUUCAUAUUCCUGACGUAUACGCUGGCGACAACUCCUGGUAGCUUCGCAGCGGCGCCCGUCGGACCUUCCGAUCGACCAGAGGCCUACUUCAACGGCAGCUCUUAUAUCAGACUAUCCAGGCCCAUUUCCUUGAAGCAACUUGUUGGACUUAGUUUUAGAACUUGUGUUGGAGGGGAGCUAUUUUCACAAAGGUUCGAAGGUUACACGUUACACGUGACCGCAUUGUAUGAACAAGUGGUCGUGUCCUGGGCAAGACCCGCGCAGCCUCACAGGGAGGUGGGCCUGGUGAAGGAGACGCUGGACAACAGGUGGCAUUGGGUCGCCCUCCGCUACAAACCGAACCCACCGUCCUUAUUGCUCGAAGUAGACCGAGACACGCAGGUGAUUUCGAACGUGACAUGGAACCCUGAGCUGCUGUCGCCUGGUGCGCUAGAGGCGGGUGGGGCCGUCGUGUUGGUUGGCAAUGUGUUCAGCGGCUGCAUCCACGAAGGACCUCAGCUCGAGUUCCACGCGGCCGGAGCACAACUCAGGAAUGUUGUGUUCGGAAACUGCCCAUUGACCACAGACGAAUGUAUCGACAGGAAGGACGUACUGAGGAUACCGCCGAAGGACCACUGCUACAACGAGCCCUGCAUGAGACACGGCACUUGUAUAUCUAGACAUGACAGGUACGAGUGCCACUGCACAGCGCGCUACACGGGCAACAACUGCGAGGUGGACGCCGGCGACCCCUGCGCGUCGGCCGCGUGCCGCCACGGCGCGCGCUGCGUGGAGGACGGCCGCGGCGACUACAGCUGCGACUGCCCUCCUGGCUACCACGGUACAUACUGCGAGCUGGAAGUGUCCCUGGACCCGCUGUGCGUGGCCGGCCCGUGCCGAAACAACGGCAGCUGCAGCGUGCCCCCCGGCGGCGACACCUACCUCUGCACCUGUCCGCCAGGAUACACGGGUCGUAACUGCGAGACGGACGUGGACGAGUGCUCGGGCGCCGCGGCCUGCCUUAACGGGGGCCGCUGCGUCGACGCCGUCAACAACUACACCUGCGACUGCACCGCCACAGGGUACACGGGCGCCCGCUGCGAGACCAACGUGAACGAGUGCGAGGAGGACCGCGCGCUGUGCGGGCACGGCGUGUGCUACGACACGUACGGCGGGUUCGUGUGCGCGUGCCAGCCCGGCUACACCGGGGAGCACUGCCACAGGAUGUCGGCGUGUGCGUCAGGACCGUGCGGAGCGGGAGGGGCAUGCGUGGAGGAGGGGGGAGGGUUCCGGUGCGUGUGCGCGCGCGGCUACCUCCCGCCCCUGUGUGCUGCCCCCGCGCCCCCCUCGCCUUGCGCCGACCUCGCCUGUCCCCCGCGGUCACACUGCUCAGCUGCAGGAUCAUCGACCACGGGGACUGGGGGUGCGGGCUCCCCCGGCGCGGUCCCCGGUGCCGUGGUCGCCGGGGGUGCGGUCCCCGGAGGCGCGGUCCCCCGGCCAGCCGUAUGCAUCUGCGACGUCGGAUACUACGGAGCGGCGGGCCUGUCCCCGAACUGUUCCCGGGCGGAGUCAGCGUGCGAGGCGGGCGUGUGCCUCAACGGCGCGUCGUGCGAGCAGGGCCCCGACCACUUCAACUGCUCGUGCGCGCCCGGGUACCGAGGUCCGUACUGCGAGAUGGGGGGCAGGGCGGCGCCCGACCCGCAGCCCGAGCGCUGCGCGGCCGGCCCCUGUCUGCACGCCCUCAGCUGCGUGGACCUGGUCUCGGGAGGGUUCCGCUGCGAGUGCGGGGCGGGGUGGGGGGGCGCGCGGUGCGAGAUGUGCGAGGGCGGGGAGGGGGGCGCGUGCGAGGACUGCCGCUCCGUGCCCUGUCCGCCGCACCAGGAGUGCGUGGAGGUGGGCGGCGCGUACAGCUGCGCGGCGGCGGAGGGCGGGGGGCCGUGCGGGGGGGCGCCGUGCCACAACGGCACCUGCACGCCGCUCGACGCACAGCACUUCACCUGCGCCUGCAGCCCCGGAUACAACGGUAGAUAUUGCGAGACAGACGUUGACGAAUGCGCCAUGAAGCCUAAGAUAUGCAACAACGGGGUUUGUGUGAACACACCAGGCUCCUACCAGUGUUAUUGUAGGCCAGGAUAUACGGGCGAUAGCUGCGAGCAAGACAUCGACGAAUGUCUCUCGUCGCCGUGCAAAAACAGCGGCACAUGUCAGAACUUGGAGAAUAAUUACGAAUGCGUUUGUAUGGAGGGCUUUGAAGGUAAAGAUUGUUCGGUCAACAUCGACGAGUGCGAGGCGUCCCCGUGCGCGGCGGGCUCCACGUGCGUGGACGGCGUGGCCUCCUACUCCUGCCAGUGCCAGGAGGGGCUCACCGGCCCGCGCUGUGAGGUCGACAUCGACGACUGCGAGUCGCAGCCGUGCCAGCACGGGGGCCGCUGCGUGGACGCGCUCAACGGCUACAGCUGCGAGUGCGGCGGCACCGGCUUCACCGGCGACGACUGCUCCGUCAACAUCGACGAGUGCGCGCCCGCGCCCUGCCGCCACGGAGCCACCUGCGUGGACGAGCUCAACGACUACCGCUGCUCCUGCCACCCCGGCUUCACGGGCAAGAACUGCGAGGUGGACAUCAACGAGUGCGAGGGCGAGCCCUGCAAGUUCGGCGGCGUGUGUCUGGAGCGCAGCAACGCCAGCCUGUACCUGGCGCCCGACGCGCCGCCCGUGCUGGUGGGCCCGCACGACGCCAUGCUGCUGCCGCCCGCCUUCUACCAGCCCUUCGCCAUCGACGACGCCAGCGGGUUCGAGUGCGUGUGCGUGCCGGGCACGGCGGGCGCGCGCUGCGAGCUCAACAUCGACGAGUGCGCGUCGUCCCCGUGCGGACACGGCAAGUGCGUGGACGGCGUGGGCUCCUACUCCUGCGACUGCCUGCCGGGCUACGAGGGGGACCACUGCGAGAUCGAAAUCGACGAGUGCCAGAGGUACCAGCCGUGCGCGCACGGGCGCUGCGUGGACCAGCGCGCCACGUACCACUGCUCGUGCUCGGCGGGCUGGGGCGGCCGGAACUGCUCCGUGGUGCUGCAGGGCUGCGCCGCGCAACCCUGCCGCAACCAGGGCUCCUGCCACCCCUGGCUGCGCGACGAGACCGAGCACCGCUUCAACUGCUCCUGCGCCAACGGCUUCUACGGCACCACCUGCGAGAAGAUCACCACCAUGUCCCUGGAGAGGAGCAGCUACGCGGAGGUGAACACUUCGCGCGAGGAGGGCUACGACAUCUCGUUCCGCUUCAAGACGACGCUGGGCGACGGGCUGCUGGCCAUGGGCAUCGGCCUCACCUACUUCUUCCUCGAGCUGUCCAACGGCCGCCUCAACCUGCACUCCAGCCUGCUCAACAAGUGGGAGGGCGUCUUCAUCGGCUCCAACCUCAACGACAGCAACUGGCAGAAGGUGUUCGUGACGAUAAACUCCUCGCACCUGGUGUUGGCCGCCAACGAAGAGCAGACCAUCUACCCCAUCAGCCAGAUCGAAGCGUACAACUCGUCGGUGACGUCGUUCCCCACCACGCGGCUCGGGAGGGCCGGCUCCUCCUUCGCGACCCUCACCCACGGACCUGACUUCUUCGUCGGCUGCUUCCAAGAUGUCGUCGUGAACGGACAGUGGGUGCUGCCGGAGAGCGGAGAGAGCGAGGGCGAGGGCCCGGUGUGGCGCCUGGCGGGCGUGACGGCGGCGUGUCCCCGCGUGCCGCAGUGCCAGCCCUCCCCCUGCCGCUCGGGGGGGCGCUGCCACGACCACUGGACCUCCUUCCUGUGCACCUGCCCGCGGCCGCACCUGGGAGACACCUGCCAGUACAACUACACGGCGGCGACGUUCGGGCACGAGGCGGCGCGGCGCGGCUCGGCGGUGCGCGUGCUGGUGGGGGAGGCGGCUCGGCGCGCCGUGCUGGCCGCGCUCGACAUCUCCAUGUUCAUCCGGACCAGGAAACCCACCGGACAGAUCUUUUACUUGGGCUCUCUGCCAAGGUACGGGCAGACCGAGGAGACGCAGGUGGGCGCCUCGCUGUCCAACGGCGAGCUGCUGGUGCACCUGCGCUUCAACCAGACCCCGGAGAACUACACCGUGGGCGGCACCCGCCUGGACAACGGACACCUGCACCUCAUCGAGGUGGUCCGCAACUCGACGUUAGUGCAAGUGAAGCUGAACGGCACCGAGUACUUCAGGAAGUCCAUAUCGGGCGCCAAGCAGCUCGACGCGCAGGUACUUUAUCUAGGCGGGCCCCCUCCCGCCCCGGAGCCCCCGGAAGCGGCCGCGCUAAUCGCGUCGCCCCCCUCUCCGUCUCCACCCCCCGCCCCGGCCUCCUCGUCCAGCUCGCCGCCCGUGAACCCGCCGCCCGCGCCGCCGGCCCCCUCCACACCCCCGCCCCCGCCCCCGCCGGUCCCCACGUCCGUGCUGACGGCCCUCACCUCCACGCCGCUCCCCACCGCACCCCCCGAGGAGGAACCCGAUGAUUCAGCUUACUUCAAAGGCGUCAUUCAGGACGUUCAGGUAUCGAACGGAGUCAACGUGACCAUAGUGGAGUUCUUCCCCCUGCGAGUCCCGGGGCUGGAGCUGCCUCCUCCCUUCGGAGAAGUGUUCCUGCCCCCCGGAGGGGUGCUGCGCGGGGUGGUCUCCGACGACGUGUGCGCCUCGCAGCCCUGCAAGCACAACGCCACCUGCACCAACACCUGGAACGACUUCACGUGCACGUGUCCGCGCGGGUACAAGGGGAAGCAGUGCGGCGACGUGGAGUUCUGCCAGCUGCAGGGCUGCCCCCCCAACUCGCACUGCAGGGACAUCGACCAGGGACUGGAGUGCGUGUCCAACGCGACGUUCGACGGCGCCAACACGACGCUGACGUACCGCCUGCGCGACGCGCGCCCCGACCCCCUCGCGCGGCACCCCCUCCCGCCCCCCACCGACCUCACCAUCACCUACAGGACAAAGGUAGGGGGCACAUUACUGCGAGCGGAGAGCGACCCUUCGGAGGGCCAGGAGGGCUCGUGGUUCGCAGUGGGUGCGUACAAGGAGCGGGUGUCGGUGCAGUGGCGCCUGGACCCCCUGGGCGGUCCCCCCGCCGACCUGCCGCGGGCGUUGCGCAUGACGGCGCCGCACUCGCACCUGCACUGGACCACCGUCAAGUUCACCUUCGACAGAGAUCAGAUCAUAGGGUCCUUCGUGGAGGCGGACGGCGAGGAGCGCGUGGGGCUGCGCGGACACAUCGACGUGGCGGCGUGGCAGCGCCUGGUGUCCGCGGGCCGCAUCCUGCUGGGCGGGGGGGGCCGCGCGCCCGCCGCGCCCCCGCCCCCCACCCUCAACAUGGAGACGUCGACCGAUCAGGCCUACGAGUUCACGGAGGGCGAGGAGUUUGCUGCCGAUAAUAUAGAAGGGAAAUACUUCAAGGGCUGCGUGGGCGCCGUGCACGUGGGCGGGCUGCUGCUGCCGUUCUUCACGGAGGAGAAGCUGUUCGUGGGCCCGGCCGCCGCGCUGCUGGCCGCGCAGCCGCACUACGCGCUCAUUUCCGGCGUGCCGUGGGGCGCGGCGGAGGGCGUGGGCUGCGUGCUGUGCCUGGAGGCGGACUGCAACAACGGCGGGCGCUGCGCCGACGUGCGCUCCUCCUACUCCUGCUCCUGUCCGCCCGGGUACUCCGGAGACUACUGCCAGGUGGACAUCGACGAGUGCGCCGUGCACGAGUGCCAGCACGGCGCCACGUGCCGCGACCUGGUGGCCGCCUACCGCUGCGAGUGCCCGCCCGGCUUCGAGGGGCAGCUGUGCGAGAGCGACAUCGACGAGUGCACGUCGUCCCCGUGCGCCAACGGCGGCACGUGCGUGGACGCGCCCGGCGGCUACACGUGCACGUGCUCGCCGCAGUGGCGCGGGGACACGUGUCGCGAGCCACGCGCCCGCACAUGCGCACACUCCCCCUGCGCCCCCGGCGCCGCGCGCUGCACGGACGACCCCCCCGAUCCUCCGACCGGGAACAAGUUCACGUGCGAGUGCCGGGAGGGCUACGAGGGCGUGUACUGCGAGAAGCCGUUCUGCGAGGUGACGCCGUGCGUGCACGGGGAGUGCCGCGCCGACGCGCAGGGCGUGCAGUGCGCGUGCGCGCCGGGCUGGACGGGCGCGCGCUGCUCGGAGGAGCGCGACGAGUGCGUGGGCCACUGCCAGCACGGCGGCCGCUGCUACCGGGACUCCGAGCACUUCCUCUGCGACUGCACCGCCACCGGCUGGACGGGCGCGCGCUGCGAGGUGGACGUGGACGAGUGUGCCGAGGGACUGGUCAGCUGCGGGCCCGGGGACUGCCGCAACCUCAACGGGUCCUACACCUGCGUGUGCGGGCGCGGCUACUGCGGCGCGGAGUGCGCGCUCGUGGACCCGUGCGGCGCCGAGCCGUGCCAGCACGGGGCCGUGUGCGAGCAGCGCUGCGCCCGCGAGCCCGACUACGUGUGCCGCUGCACCGACGGCUGGGCCGGCAAGAACUGCACGCAGCAGGCCGUGGCGGAGGGGUCGGAGGGGACCAGCGACAACUCGUCGGCCGUGCUGCUGGGGGUGGGGGGCGCGCUGGUGGCGCUGGCGCUGGCGGGCGGCGCGCUGGGAGCCCUGGGGGCGCAGGCCCGCCGCAAGCGAGCCACUCGCGGCACCUACUCUCCCUCCGGACAGGAGUACUGCAACCCUCGCGCGGAGAUGCACCACCACGCGCUCAAGCCGCCUCCCGAAGAGAGACUCAUAUAGCGUCGGGAGGUACUCGACUGAUGUAAUGAGAAGCAGUUCUUUG